UUUAAAAUUUAGAAAAACCGCAAACGUUUUAUGCUGCUUGGCAACAGUCGAGAAUUUUUCGAAGUUUCCAACGUUAUUGCAAAAUAUUAAUUUGUGUGGCGUCAUUUUUUUUAUUAUAAUUUCUGGACAUAAAACAAAGUGUUACACCAGUCACCGAGGGCACCAGAUUUUUUGAAGAUGACACACAAAAAACUGCACAACAAACCGAUUAUAAAUAAAACAAGAGACUAUAAUAAAUUGUGAACUUUUACAAUUUUAUUUUUGAAACUAUGUUUUAUUUUACGCGACCUUUAAAAAAGUUUAAAAUAAAAAAAGUUUGGUUUUCUGAUCCCGUUGUCGCAAUUUAUUUCAAAAUUUUCAAAAAACGGGCGGAACAAUGUUUAGCGAUGUUUUAAAAAGAAUUAAUGCUCAAGAAAUAUACAAGCGUCAUAUUGACAUUUUCCAUGCAAUCACUUAUGACAAUAUUGAUGGAUUGGUGGCAGCAUUUGUCCGCAAUGAACCAUUUGAUAUAAAGGAUAAAAAUGGAAAUACUCCGCUUCAUUUGGCUGCAAAACUCAAUCGACGUCUUCUUUGCCGAGCUGUUUGUGUCUAUGCCGCUGGAUUGGAUCUUUGGAACUCGAAAAAUAAUGAUGGAAAAACACCAAUUGAGAUGACUGAUGAUGCAAACAUAAAACGAGAUCUCCAAAGCAUUUCAACUAGUAGAAGUUCCGUGGACAGUCAUCACAUGGCUUACAACAAACUCCUAAUUGAAAAGAAAAUCAAUGAAAAUGAGGAGCAGAAUCAAAAUCAGAAAGUUAUUUUGAGUCUUGAUGGUGGCGGUUUAAGAGUUGUUUUGCAAUGUGCAAUUCUUUUGGCUGUUGAAAGAGAACUUGGAGAACCACUACGAAAUCGAAUUCAUUGGAUUGCCGGAACAAGCUGUGGAGGUAUCAUGGCAAGUUCAAUUGGUGUUGGUAUUGAUCUAGCGGACGCACUCCGUCUCUACAUCAUAAUUCGAAAACGUAUCUUCGGUGGAAAUAAUCAAAAGUUCCCUAAACAUUCAGCACUUGGAAUCGAAACUUGUCUUCAAGAAGUGAUGGGUUCAAAGACUUUAAUGUCCAAGUGCACUGCCCAUCGUCUUGUUGUUACAACUGCAAAAGUCACAUUGGCUCCACCUCAAUUGGUUCUCUUCCGGUCAUAUGCACCGCGUAUCGACUCAAAAGAGUUUGAGCAACUUGGAUAUUUCAAUCCGAACAAGAUUUUGUUGUGGAAAGCAAUUCGAUGCACUACAGCUGCUCCUACUUACUUUCCAUCGUUCAAUGGCAUGGCGGACGGAGCCCUUUUCUGCAACAAUCCAUGUAUUAUGGUGAUGACCGAAUUCGCAAAGCUAAAGAAAAUUGAAAACUAUCGUGGUAAAAACAACACUGACGAGAUUGGAUGUGUGAUUUCCGUUGGAACCGGAAUUGAGCCAUCGUAUCCAAUUAAUGGAAUUGACAUCAAUUUAACAAGUGGGCUGACUGGAAUAACUGGAAAUUGGAGAGAGAUAAUUGAAAAUACAAAAAAUCUGAUAACUGUCUUCCUUUAUCAGUGCACAAGUUCCCACAACGUCCAUGUCGGUCAAUCUCGUGAAUGGUGUCACUCGAUGCAAGUUCCAUUCUUCCGCUUCUCGCCUCAUCUCGCUGCUCCAUUCGAACUUGAUAAUUGCAAAAUUGAAGACAUUACGAAUGCAAUGUUCGACAAUGAAGUAUACAUUCGUACAGAAAUCAAACAACACAUAUCUGAUUUGUGCAGACUUUUGAAAUCGAUGCCACGUAACACGGAGCCAUGUAACUAUUCAAAGAUUACCGGAGGCAAGGGAAGUAAGGUUGGAUCGCCAAAAUCAGAUAAGAAGUAAAUGGAACUAUUAUGUUUAUACGGAAUAAAUGCUUUAUGGAUAG